AUGGUAAGUACAAUAAUCGAAAUAAAAACACUUAUAUUUUGGUCCUAUUCUAUCCUUCUUCAGAUUCGCACUACUUCAUCAAAUCCUUCACACAUUUAUGCUGACGACUAUGCUGAGGAUCCAGAUUGCUCAUCUCGAAAUAUGAAUAAAAUCUCCCUACCUCACGGCAAAUGCGGCAUGAGCACCGAGAGAACAGUAGGAAUCACCUUACAACAACUUAUUCGGUCUUAUUUUUUGGGAAAGUCCCCACAAUCCGUCCUUUUACAGGACAAUCCAGCCGGGAUCAUUCAACGUGUAUGUAUCUCCGUACAGUUACAUCCAUUAUUCGUUACCGAAUCGGAUAGAAGCUAUUGUGCCCAGUGUGUUUAUGUACAAAGUCGUGUCCUUGACGAUCUGGAAUCAUCACUGGACAUCAGCGAAGCGCUACCGACCGAGCUUGCGCCAACUUUUGACGUGGACAAGAUUCCUAAGUGCACUUAUACCAUUCGAAAAGGAUCUGAAAGUGGCCCGGAGGUACGCUAUGCUACCGUUGGCGAGACCGUCUACCAUGUCUGGAAAUGUCCUGGAGGACAUUGUAAACCAAUACUUCCAGAAAACUUUGGAAUUUUGGUACAAAACUGCUAUGUCGAAGAUGGACAAGGUAAUAGAAUUCUUGUGAUUGACCAAAAUGGUUGUGGAGUUGAUCAGUACGUAAUGCCAACCCCAGAAUACAGUUCGGAUCUAACAACAGCUUUUCAGGUAAGAUCCAUGUCUUAAAC